AUGCCCGACCCGGCAACCGGCGAAUACACACCUAUAGAGGCGCGUUAUCGCAGACUGGUAUUCUUGGGAACAGAACGAAUUUCCGGCGUCGCUCUCGAGGACCGCUGGAGGAAUCGCUCUGCGUUCGUGCGCGACCUGGAGCGAUUGGAGCAGCUCCGUCUCCAUCUUGGUCCCCAACCGGCUUCAAACAACCGUCCCGAGCCAGGUCUAGACCAGACAAGGUUGCUUAUCGAAUAUGGCGCCCUCUUGAACAAACUCAUGCCUGACAACUGGCAUUUCACACCCGACGAGACUGGGGCUAUGCGCAGCGAAUGGUCAAGGAGUGCUGUUAUCGGCAGCUUUGAUCGCGAGCUCAUGCAAGAGACAAUGUUCUUCUCACUUCUCUCGAUCGCAACUGAAAGGGACGUCAGGCAAUCGCUUGAGAGUAUUCCUGGACGAGCAGUAAGGGUGAUGCUUGGAGACUACAGACACAAUUGGUUUGUGAACGCAGGCAUUUUCCGUCACUACGUGGCCAGCGAAAGCCAGCUCUGCUUGAUCCAGAGUACCUCCAGUGGCGGCAAGAGCAGGAUGGACCGUCGAGAUUCAACAGUCCCAGAGCUAUGGGAGGAGCAAGCCCUACCGGAUAGAGACACGCUCACACAACUGCCUCGUGCACCGGGCAUGGACGAACCUGUGCGACCGCCCCAGAACAGAGAGCCAGAUCUUCACCCGGAACAGAUGAGUCGGCGAGGUGAAACCCAUGAGGGCAUCUCCAGCGAGCUGCAACCGCUGAUCUCUGGACCCCAAGCGCAAGCAGAGGCAUCCAGACAGUUCCCUCGUCAGGCCAUUCACGACCGCAGCGUGCAGACCAGUGCGAACGCCAUGGGUGCUCGGGUGAUUCGUAUGCUCCAAAACUCCCUUCACCGACGCCGGUCACAGUAG